UCUCUUGAGAUGGACAAUGAAGAUGGCAAGUACAAAGCUCAUAUCAUAGUUCUCCCAUAUCAUGGGCAAGGCCACAUAAAUCCCAUGCUUCAAUUCUCCAAAAGAUUAGCUACAAAAGGGAUCAAGAUCACACUAACCACCACACUCUCCAACACCAAAGCCAUGGCAUCAACAAGUCCAUCAUGCUCCAUCAAUUUCGAGUCCAUCUACAACGACCACGCCCAGGGUGGCGUGGCGGGGCCCAGUGGGUUCAAUGGCUUCCUUGAGAGGUUCGAGGCGGCCGCCUCCACACACUUGAUACAUCUCAUCAAAAAAUUUCAAGAUUCCAACAACCCCGUGAAAUGCCUAGUCUAUGAUGCAAAUAUAGCUUGGGCAUCAAAGGUGGCCGAUGAGGUCGCCAUCGCUCGAGCUUCCUUCUUUACACAAUCGUGUGCCUUUGUUGCUAGUUGCUACCCGAUGCACUGUGACUUGGCCGGGGUAGUGUCCCCAGUUGUCCCUCCUUUGCACAUGCCCGGUCUGCCCGAGCUUCGCCUUCCAAAUUUACCCUCGUUAGGCCCUCAGGUAGGGAGAUACUCCCCUAUUAUGAGGUACAUCUUGAGCCAGUUUGACAACACUGAAAAAGCAGAUUGGGUUCUCUUCAACUCAUUUCACAAAUUGGAAGAUGAGGUUAUCAACUGGAUGUCGAAGCUGUGGCCCGUACACGUCAUCGGGCCGACGCUACCAUCCCUAUACCUAGACAACAGAGUCCAACACGACCACGACUACGGCUUCAACAUCUUCAAUCCAGAAACACACACAUGCUUGAAAUGGCUCGACUCCAAGGCGAAAGGCUCGGUCGUCUACGUCUCCUUUGGCAGCGCCGCCACCCUAACCACAACGCAAUACGUCGAGGUAGCCAAAGCCCUUACCCUCACCUCCAAAAGCUUCUUGUGGGUGGUGAAGCCAUCCGAAGAAAACAAGCUCCCACCCAAUUUCAAAGACAUAGGAUCAUCAGGAUUAGUGGUGCCAUGGUGCCCUCAGCUACAAGUGCUAGAGCACGAGGCGAUUGGGUGCUUCGUGUCUCACUGUGGCUGGAACUCGACUCUCGAGGCAAUAUGCUUGGGCGUGCCCGUGGUGGCGAUGCCUCAGAUUUUAGACCAGGUGACUAAUGCACAUUAUGUGGAGCAUGUUUGGAGAGUGGGGAUUAAAGUUGAGAGCGACGAGGAGGGGCUUUGUUCGAGCGAGGAGAUACGAGGAUGCGUAGACGCGAUCAUGGCUGGUGAGAGAGGGGGUGAGAUUAGGAGGAAUGUGUGUGGAUGGAGGGCUUUGGCGAAGGAGGCGAUGGAGGAGGGGGGAAGCUCGGAUGUUUGCAUUGAUGAAUUUGUUGCUAAGUUAAGCAUACUCUAG